CCUGUUGUGUUGAACAGUUUGUUACUUUGUGGAGACACUUGUCUCAACUUGAUGUCACUUCCUGUUCAAGCCCGUCUCAGUUCUUUGUGACUUCAGGAUCAGAAAUGUUUGACAGAGUCAGUUCCUGACAGGCUCCAGUUCUCACUGUGUGGAGAGGUCAUCAUGUGACUUUGUGAUGAUCCUCAACACACGUGUGUCUGAUACAUACAUUUAUCUUUUAUUAUUUAUCAGUUGAUUUCAUUCAUCCACAAAACAAAACUUUUUUUUAUUCAAACACACAAGAAGAAGAAUCUGAUCUAAUCUGCAGCUGUUUCACAAGAUGUUCAUUAACUACGAGGUUUCUCUGGCCUCCUCUCCAGAGGAAUCAGAGGAGGUAAGCUGCUCCGGGAUCAGCUGUCACACAGUGUCCAGUCCUCCAUCCUCCCUGUGUCUGGAAGUGACACAGCAUCAUCAGUGGAUCUGCUGCUGCUCUGUCCUUUGACUCAGUAUCUGCAGACAUACUCAGGCUCCUCCACUCUCUUAUUCACAUAUUCAACUCAAUGUUAUUUGUAUUUCACCAAAUCACAACAUAUCGUGGCAUUUCACCUGCAGGUUGAGAGAAGAGAGACUGGGGGAAAAGGAGAGAGAGAGAGAUCAGGAGCAGGUGAAUCAACCACUAGUUUUUAUUAAGUCAAUAAUAGAUGAGAUACAAAUAGAUGUAAUUAAUUGUAAUAGCAACUCACAUUGGUUGAUUGGGGUGAAAGUAUCUCCUGGUCAACUUGUUAACCUUCAUCCAGAAGAACAAGAACUCACAAGAUGUUGCUGCGGAUUCAUGAACUCCUGAUUGGGAUUCUUAUGUUUAUACGCAACAUACACAUUUUACAGAAUAUAAGCUCUAUAUCACCUGUGAAUGUGACCUCAUCAGCACCUUAAUCUACUAUUUGUACUUUCUGGUUCGAGGGAAAACUGCAUUACGUUGUACUUGUAUUACAGGAAAUGACAAAGUUGAAUCUGACCAUUUUAUUUCUCAUUGUGAGACGGAACCUUUUCAACAUCUUCAGAGAUUAAUUCAUGGAUCUUGAUAAAAAAUCCUGACGUGUAAGAGGAUUGAUAUUUAUGAGAACAUUUGUUUUUAUUCUGAUUUUCCCACCAAUUCAAUCAAGGACAGAACUCUAGAACCAGACAGACUAAACCGGACAAAACUCUAGAACCGGACAGAACUCUAGAAUCGGACAGACUGAACUGGACAGAUCUGUAGAACCAGACAAACUGAUCCAGACAGAACUCUAGAACCUGAAAGAAUUCUAAAACCAGACAGAAGUCUAGAACAAAACAGAACUUUGGAACCAGACAGAACUAUAGAACCAGACGGACUGAAUCAGACAGAAGUCUUGAACCGGACAGACUGAACCAGAUGCUAAUGUCGAGCUAAUCUCGCGAUAAGCACAUGGAACCAUCGACACGACAUCGACCACGGCAAACAGCGCUGGGGAUGUCUUUCGCCAGCGGAGCAACUAUAUCCGGUCGGUGUGUUUAAAGCGGAAGUGAGUGUCGGACACUGAGUGAGAGCUGCCGCUGGUUACUGCCAUUAAAGAUGAAGUUUCUUCCCAAACUGCUGCUGCUCGCGCUGUUAGCCUUCCCCGCUGCGCUGCUCACCAGAG